UAGGACAAACGAGCUGUGUGAAGAGGAAGAAGUUGGAGAUGUCUGUAUUCUCAAGCUAGAAUUUUCUUCGACUUCGUAGCAGGAGAUAGUUCAAAACAAACUGCGAAUGAAUGGCAAUGGAUUUUGACUGCAAAUGGUCUCCUAUGACAACAUCACAGGCAUUUUGGCAAGAGAUGUCGGGGGAUCGUGACAUCAUGAGAACUGGAAUCGCCGAGAGGGUUCAAGCCGGGCGCUCGCCACCGCUUAGAAGACGAAGAACAAGGGAAUACAUUCCAAACUCCAGAUCAACACAAAGACAAGGUUAUCUGGAUCAAAACUUGCACGAAAGCAGCUUAUUCAGUGAUGAAUUGACUUACGGAACCCGUGAUGCUAGUGGGCGUCUUUAUCCCGACGAGAAUAUGAACAAUUUUACUCGUUCAUCCAGCGAAAACCAACACCAUUUGCAGGACAUUUUACGAGUGAUGCCCGAGAACUCGCACCUGAGCGAAAGGUAUCAGAUACUCAAAGCGGAGAAUAAAAUACUCCGUGAGCGUUUGCAAAAUGCGCUACAAAGGGAAAUGAAGGCACUUAAGACAUUUAAGAGACUUGCUAAAGAAAACAGGCAACUUAAGCUGAACUUAAGAAAAUACGAGAGAACAUUGCUUGGAUUCUACGACGAUGACACAGAUUCAGACCACAGUGAACAUCCAAAAGAUCCAGACUUUGGCGCCAAUCUAACACAGGAAGACAGCACAGUGUUACACGGGGAGGACCUCUGCAACGGGCAAGAAUCGCCAGAAAGAGACUGCAAUCAGACACCUCAGCCUUUAAAAGAAACUAAGAGUACAUCCACAUCAACUGAGGAUAUAAUUUUAACGGGUAAAGAAGAUAAAUGCACAUCAACGGAUGAUUUGGAAAUUUUUGGACUAAAAAUGGAGUCUGUUGAAAGCUCAGACACUGAGAACAACGACGACAAGGUGCCCGAGUGUGCGGGACCUGAGUACCAUGCUACAAGUCUGACUGAUGCAACAAAAGUACAGUUCUUGCAAUCUCAGCUACUCGCCAUGCGAACACAAAGUGUACAAGAACGAAGGAAAUUCAGCGAUACUCGACGAUAUUGGACGGAUCCCGUAAUAGCUAACAAUUUAGGUGUGAAGGAACUGAAAAGGGCGUCCAGUUCACCGAGCUUACUGGAUGGAUGUGGCGAGAACACAACAGAGAAAAAGAAUCUCCAUCGUAAGGAUGCUGCGUCGAUCCCAAAACGACGCGUGUCGGACGGCAAUGAUCCUUUCUCAUCUGAUUUUAUUCCUCGGUCGCGACCAUCGUCAUUUAAUGAUGGUGAGCUUAGCACAGUCCCCGAGGUGACUAUUUCUCAAGAUGAAGAGUGUAAUGACAGUGAAGACAGCUCCAGAUCACCUUCUCCUAAUUCAAGGCAUUCUCAAGAUGAUCUGGCGUCAAGCUCCUCGUCGCCAGUCCCCUCUCCCAUAAGCGUGGAAAGUCCAGCUUCCCAAAGAUCACCGCGGGCGUCUCCAUUCAUUCUGGACGUAGACUCCGUAAUUAGUGAAAGGCACCAGAAACUUCUGGCCGAGGCUCCAGCCUCACCCAGUCCACAACCAAGUCCAGCCGGAAGCCCUCAAACAAAAAGAAAACUGGCUCAUACAGUAUCACUUCCACAAACGUCAGUUCAUCAUUACUUGGGUAUGCAGGGACAGAGCAAAGACACUGUGGACAAGAACGACCCACCACUAACGCGCCGGUCAAGAAGGAAGUCAAUUGAUGACGAUGAAAUCUACGUCAAGAAAAACCGUCAAACGUCUGUGUCACUGAAAUUCGAAGGUGACAUCGAAAGAGAAAACGCCGAGAGUCUGGCAGCAGACAUUGCAGAGUUUCUAAACAGCCGCAAGAAACGAUCCCGAGCGGAUACAAUGCCGAGCCCGCGAACCUCAAGAGAGGAAGAACUAAAAGGAGAAAAUCAGUCAGCGGACGAAGAUGAUGCUGUCUUCACUCCAGCGCGUUCAACGCGCGCACGACGAGGCUCCGCUGUGGUGUCCAUGCCUGGGGACCACUAUCAAAUGGACCUUCAUGUACUCAAUGUUACAGGAGAGGGGAUUGGAAAGACACUGAGUGUUAUCCGCGAGAAGAAGGAGCUCUCAGGAUCAUCUACAUCUCUCAACAGCAUAGACCCAGACAAGAAAUCACGAUGGUCUAUUCUAAGAAGAAAUAAGAAAAUGUUGCUACUCAAAGAUAAACAACCCAGACAAGGGGAAGAUUUCAAAGAAAGUUUGGCUCGCAUGAGGGACAACCCAAAAGCCAUUGUAACACACGAACUGGCUGAGUUUAAGAAUAGUCACUGGACGCAGCUUAUGGGUCAGAGCACAGAGAACUGUCCGAGGAGGCCUCGGUCUGAUGGUAUCAGAGCGCUGUCUGAUCAUGAGACCAAAAGACGCGAAGCAGUAUGGGAACUGUUUCAUAGCGAGGUCAUUUACCUGAUGAGUCAUCUACUGGUUCUUAAAGAGGUGUUCCUUGAACCUUUAAAAGAGAUCCAGCAAAUGGCGCAUUUACAGCAUGUGGACGUCAAUAAGAUCUUCUGUAAUGUUCAGGACCUGUGUGAGGUCAGCACUCGAUUCGCAAAGAAUCUUCUGCGUGUAUUCCAAAGUGAACAACCCACACAGUUUGGAAGUACUGCUUCUGUUGUUUCGGCUUUUACUGAGUUUAGUCGAAAGGUUCACCCGCAGUAUCAGCGAUAUUGCUUGAAUUACUCCAAAGCCCUUAGUUAUUUGGAUUCCCUGAAGAAGGACGAAGACUUCCAAGAGUUUAUUAAGUGGUGUGAGUCCGACAGUAGAUGUAAUAGACUCCAAAUAACAGAUCUUUUAGUGGCACCACUCCAACACCUUACAAAAUAUCCUCUGCUACUCAAGAACAUCAGAAAAAGAACUGCUGAGGGAGAUGAGCAACAUGGUUCUCUUUCGUCUAUCAUCAAAGCAGUAGAACUUUCAAUACAGGAAUUAGAAGGCAAAGUGAAGUCCCGCGCAAACUAUGAAAGAUUACAAGAACUUCAAAGCAGUUUAGUUUGGCCUUCCAUUACUGAGCUGGAUCCAAAGACAUAUGUACCCGAGUUUUUGAGAGGAAUACUAUCAAAGCAACCCUGUGAAAGCCUAUUAGCAAGUCCAAAAAGACAACUGCUGUACGAAGGACCUCUCAUGUUAAUUGAAAACGCCAAAGUCGAUGUUUAUGCAUUCCUGUUCGACGACAUGCUUCUUUUAACCAGAUUCAGAAAACUUCCUCUAAAAGUAAACAAGAAACUGAAUCUGGCCGGAAUGACAGAUAGUCCCCCACCCACUCCUCCCGUGGUCAGACGCAGCAUGUCGGGAGCGCAAUACACAGUUUACAAACAACCAAUACCACUGGACAGAUUCAUUAUUAUUGAUGCCGAAGCCACACAUGCAGGAAGCACGUUAAAGAACUCGUUCAUAAUAAUCCACUACAGCAGAUUUAAACAAACAGUAGGAUUGUACACGCUACAAGCACCGUCACAAAAUCUCAAGGAAACCUGGACAAGCACACUGAAAGCCGCUCAGAGUAAAUGGUCAGAGGCGGUGGCACUUGAAUUGGCUGCGGAAACAGAAAAAAUGAGCGCCUUUCAGACUAUCAGUGAAAAAGAAGUUGAACAAGAAACAGAACCUAAGUCCCCUGACGACACAACCUUGAGUCAAACUCAAAUGCUGUCUUAUUACAAACCCAUUGAAUCACAGUGUUGACGAUAAAUUUUACUAUAACCGUCAAAGUGCGGGACAUUGGUAGAACUGUUCUUUAUACUGUUUGCGGGGUCACAGACAGAUUACACGUCUCGAUACAGACGAAGAAAUUAUAAAGAAUGCCUCGCCACAAACAAUUGAUCCAAUCACUGCUGAUCAACGAGGUCAUAACAAGCGUAAUAGAAUGUUUACAAUUGGACAUCCAUGUGUUUUAGAAAACAAACGAACUGUAAAUAAUGAACAUAAAAAAAAAAUUGUACGUGGUCUAUCGAGACACAUCACACAUGUGUUUCGCAAUUUAUUGAAGUGGUAUUUCCUCCCCAAGCAGACCCAAUCGAGACCCAAGGCUCGACUAUUAAACAGCAUAACCAUACAUGCAUGGUCACUCUUGACUAGAUUUGAAAACUUUCGUUUUGUUCAAUAUUGUGUACAUAUGUUCUUUGCGGAUGUAGAGUAAUCUCCACAUUCAAAAGAGAAUUAUGCGCGUUUAUUAAUGGCUCAAAUGUAAACUGAUGUUAAAUCUGAUCAUGAUAAAGUGAAAAUUUGACUCCAUAUUACCACUAAGACAUUUUUGUACAAAUCAGGUUAAUUUUUUGUUAAUCAGUUGAUUUUGUAAAAUACGUUCUAGAUAGGGAAUGUGAAAGUAGACAUGAUAAUCCCAACGAAAUAUCUCAACAUCAUUAGUGUCUUUUUUAUUGUAUUUAACUUUGUAACUGUACCAAUAAUCGUACAUUGCAUAAUUUUAGAUAGAUGGAGGGCUAUGAUUAUAACAAGAUUUCCCGUCCACACUACCUAACACUUAAGAAUCUCUUCUGUUCCAUGGAAAAAUCAUCAGUCAAUAAAUACACCUUACUAACUCUUCACAA